GAUUUACACAGCUUUUGUAUGUUGAAGAGAGAAUGCAGUGUGUUUCUAUGUGAGAACAGGACUAAACAUGGUUACGAGAUUAGGCACGAGUUGUGAACUAGUCCCGGUCCUGAACUGAAGAACUACCAGCUCCCGACUGGGCACAGACACGGGAUUAUUAUGCCCAGCUCCACGGUGUCUGUGCGAAGUUUGUCCGAAGUGGAGAAAUACCUCAACAGCCGGAUGGACCGGAGUAGUGAAGGCAGUUUUCUGAACACCUCUGUGUCGAUGCGGAGGGGUUCCUCAGAGAACAAUCUGGACCUGGACCUGAGCAAUGGGAGUACUCAUUCUGCUUUUGGCUUCGGAUUCCAGCGUAGUCGUUCCUGCCUGGACAGCCUCCAGCAGAAGAUACUAAAAGUUACAGAGCAGCUGAAGAUUGAGCAAACAGCACGAGAUGAGAAUGUAGCAGAAUAUCUGAAGUUGGUGGACAGUGCAGACAAGCAGCAGCAGGGGCGCAUCAAGCAGGUGUUUGAGAAGAAGAACCAGAAGUCAGCUCAAAACAUUGCUCAGAUGCAGAAGAAGCUGGAGCAGUACCAUCGAAAGAUGAAAGAUAGUGAAAUCUAUCACAGCCCAUCCCGUCACCUGUCCACUGUCAAACAUAGCACCAUACCCAGGGAGUCACCCAGAGAGCUGCUGAGGGAUAUGACUGGCAGUGGCCGACACCCAACCAUGGACAAGAUUAAAACCAUUGGACCAGGUGUUUCUCUCUCCCCUCCAUUUUUCUUCAGCAAGCCCAGAGAGUUUGCCAACCUCAUCAGGAACAAGUUCGGCAGCGCUGACAACAUCGACCAUCUUAAGACUACGCUUGACGCUUCUUCUCCGUUGCCCACUGACAGUGCAGGAAAGGGCCUGAGUAACAGCACCUCAAUGGUAAGCAAGCCCAAGUAUCCCAGUGAUGAUGAGUGCUCCUCAGAGAGUGCUUCCAUUUCAGCAGACAGCAAUGGAAACCCACUGGGAGGAGGGGUGCCAGCGGGGCAGGGGCAGGAGCAGGGACAGCCAGCCGGGGGAGAUGGUCAUAGCAGACUGGCCCUGAUCCUGGAGGAAGUGAGGGAGAUCAAAGAAGCCCAGAGCCAGCUGGAGGAGGAUAUGGAAGAGCUAAAGGCUCAGUUCAAGAGAGAGUAUGGCAUCGUCAGCCAAACACUGCAGGAGGAGAGAUACAGGUAUGAGCAUUUGGAAGACCAGCUGAAUGACCUGACAGAGCUUCACCAACAUGAGAUGGUUGAUCUGAAGCAAGAACUGGCCAGCAUUGAAGAGAGGGUGGCCUACCAGGCUCAGGAAAGGGCCAGCGACAUACAGGAAGCCCUUGAGUCGUGUCAGACACGAGUGUCCAAGCUGGAGCUCCAGCAGCAGCAGCAGCAGCAGACAGUCCAGCUCGAGAGCCGUGAUGCCCGGGUCUUGCUAGGGAAGAGCAUCAACAUCAUGUUGGUCAUCAUCACCGUAAUCCUGGUGUGCGUCUCCACCGCUGCCAAGUUUGCCGCUCCGCUGACGAAGAGCCGAUACCACGUGGUUGCUACCUUCCUAGGGAUUUGUUUUUUAACCAUAUUCUGGAAGAACUGGGACUGUUUACAGUAUGCCAUAGACAGGUUGCUGAUGCCUGCCUGACAGUGAAAAGAACAUAAUGCAAACAACAAUAAGACGGGCGCUGUCAGUUGUCAGGAAAAGAAUAUCUUUGAGGACUGGUUGUACAAUCGUCACAUGACAUGGUCACCAUGCAUUCACAGUUUUUUAAAGUCAGACUGAAAGGAAAUUUAGAUUUUUUUUCUUGUGUAGAACUUGAAUGUGUGUAACUAACAAUUCAAUUUAACCCUUAAAAUAAUAUUUAUAGAACACUGUGUUACUUCUACAGUGGUUGCUAUGAAAUUAUCACAAGACAUAAAAUGUCUAUUUAAGGAUUGAGAAGGAGGAAUAGAAGUUCAUUUUCAUAGUAUGAGACAGCCAGCAGCCAUUUAACUUAACUUAUUAUAAUACCAUAGUGUAUUAUUUUAAGAUGUUAGGUGUUGGUAGGUGGAUUGUGUUACUGUUGAAAAGAGCCACACUAGCCAUUUCCCCCUUUCCAGCUUUUGUAUUAAGCUAGGUUAUCAGGCUGCCAGUGGUAUCGAUUUUCUAAUCUUACUCUCAACAACAAGAUAAAUAAGCAUUAUUCUUCCAAUUUUUUACUAUUGCACACUACUGCUUUUAAUAAAGAAUACACAGACUAGAGCACAGAAGCAGCAGACCUCCUGUUUUCUUUGCUUAGUUUUUUUUUAUUCUUUAUCAUCCAGCCUGUGUAGUCACUCCUCAUAAAGUUGCUCUGUGUACAGGUCCUGAUGUUUAAAGUGCAAUAUAUUUGACUUCUUGGAACACUGUUUUGAAAAUGACUUGUCUUUAUGACUGAUUGUUCUUUGUCAGUGUUUUGCAGCGACAAGGUGUUGCUAUGCUUGGGGAGGCGGCGAGAAAGACUCAUUAAUCUUGGCAUGAGAGAUCCAUAACCACUGAAGCCGCUGCUCAGCUCUGAUAAGCCCAACUGUCUCCUUUCUGAAGGGCCAAAAAAUCAAUCUAGCUGCAUAACUGUGCUGGUAAUGUGGUAAUAUCAACACACACCAGCUCUCCAGUGCAGCUACACAUGUGCACACACCCAGACAACACAAAAACAGAGUCAGUCAAUUGGAUCUCUAUUUACAUGUCUUAUGGGUUUUUCCCAGUUUGUCUUUUUACUGAUAAUGUGACUGAAAGGUGAUGGGUUAUACUGUGAUUCAAGGCCUGUUUUCUGAGGACGAAUGCAGUUGCCUUUUUUUUAAGAAACAGCAAACAGCCUUUAAUGCUCCAGUGAUGACAGAGGAGCACAUUGAUGAACUGGGUGAUGAACUAUUUAUGGACUGACUAAUGUCUUAUUUCAUAUUUGUCUUAUGAACAUCGCCUGUGAAGAUUUCACAUGAUGUUAUGGACCACUUUUAAUUUUUUCUGCCAAUGAAUACAUGUUUGUGUUGAUAUCUGAUGUCAUCGCUCUUGUUGAUCUACUGACUGUAUCAUUGUUUUGUUCCUGUUUUGAUGCAUUUAAGGAAGUUUUACCUUCAUAACUACAGAUCUGGUUUACAUUCUCUUUUCAUCUCUAAGACACUAAGAAAUCAGUCAGUUGUAUGUUCUUGUAUUAUGCGCCUUUGUGUGACAAUUUCUGUUAAAUUAAUCAAACCUUUUUAAUCAUCUUGUUACUGUUGUUUCAGAGUGAUGUGUUGUUGUCGCAUUUGUCAUGUGAUUAGGUUUUUCUAUAAAUAUUCCAGUCUUGGGGGGGUUUCAGUAGUGUGGACAAAUGUCAGAAGAUUAGAGAAUACUUCACCAUGUGCUACUGGUGUAAAAAAAGGAAGAGAGAAAGAUGAAUGUUUGAUAAUUCCAGUGGUGGAAGAAGUACUCGGAUCACUUACUUAA